GGAGGGGUCGUUGGGGCGUUUUCCAGUCUAGAAUACUUUCACUUUCAACGGUCUUCUGCAAAGCAGAACGAGCGCAUUUCUUCUUCAGCUCGUCGAACAGAAAAGCGGAAGACUUCGCGGAGGGACGUUCGUUGUUAGUUCGAUGGAAAAUUGCGAUUUUAAUUGGUCUACUUAUUUCAUCAUUGUCUCUGUAUUGUGACUUCACCGAUGCUGAGUGCCUGGUGGUCAGUCCUGCCAGGCUGGUGGUGAAGCAUGGAGACCCAGCCUCCUCUAACUGCAGCUCAGAUACCCCUGUAGAGAUGGGCUGGGAAGCCACCCAGGGAGGAGUUGGUCUAACAGACAACAAGGUGAAGUUCCUACGCUGGAGGGUGGACAGUGUGACUGACUGGAAGAUCAAACCUACAUGCUUCACAGAAGGAGGCCAGUGUCAGAAACAGCUGGACAUCACAGUUUAUAAGCUUCCAGACCGUGUCUCCAUCAGCUACAGGAAGUACCCUGAUCCGAUGGUUGAGGGGGAUCAGUACCUGCUACAGUGUCUUGUCCAGAACAUCGCUCCUAUUGGGAGACUCACGGUGUCCUUCUACAAAGUCAGUGCCACUGGUGAACAGACAGAAUUAGACACACAACAUAAAUCCAAGGACAACAUCAAGACACCACAGAAUGGGACCUUCACCCUGGACUUCACCCCUGGUAGAGAUGAUGACGGGGCCCAGUUGUUGUGUUCAGCCAUGUUGGAUCUGGGACCAGAGGGACCCCAACCUCCUCCUGUAAUGGACUCAAACCGCCUCAACAUCAACGUGCACUACAAGCCUCAGAUCACUAGUCCUGGAUGUUUCUCCAUGAGCAUCACGGAGGGCGACACCCUAUCACUUAACUGUAGUGCAAAAGGUAACCCUGCCCCCUCGUACGAUUGGUUGCUCCCCCAAGCCGACCCCAACCCCAUGGAAGAGAGAUCCGUAGUGACCAUCACCAACAUGGCCAAGUCUCACUCUGGAGAUUACACCUGCAUCGCCAUCAACACCCUGGGAAACAGCACCUGUACUGUUAACGUGGAGGUCACAGGAGCUUCCUGUCAGACUGCUGGAAGUGCCUUGGUGGUUGUGCUGCUCCUCCAACUCAUUCAUUGGCUUUAAGACCACUUCCUGAACCCACUGAUUGGCUGAAUACAUGUGCUUUUAUUUUUUUUUCUUCUUCAAAAUCCUCCCACUGUGAUUGGUGGCUGUCUGUCCACUUUCUGCUAACUAUUGAUUAAUUUAAAAAAAUAUAUAUAUUGAUUGAUUGAUUGAUAACCAUGACAACAAUACUUUGAUAAUAUUACCUUGUAACUUUAUGAUUUUGCCUUAAAUCAACAGUUUGGAUCCACCUACACAUUAAAGGGUUUGUCUUUAUUCGUA